GUCUUUCUUCAUUUUAAUUUCCGCCAUCAAAUGCCUCUCAAAAAUCUGCACUUUUUUGUCUCUUGAGGCUUUCCGUAGUGACGCGUUCACGUACAAUUGUCUGGAUCUGGUCUGGAUCUGUAUCAGUGCACUGUUGAUCAAAUGGCAGAGUGGAACGCAUACUACCGCAAUGAGGAAGAGGAUGAAGAGCAAGAAGAAGGAGAACUCUCUGGAGGAGAUUACAAAAACACUGGGAGAGACAGUCUGGUGUUCUUGGUUGAUGCCUCCAAAGAGAUGUUCAUCAAAAAUGAAGAUGACCAGCCCUCAAACUUUGACAUGACCAUGCAGGCUGUGCGGAGUGUGUACACCAGCAAGAUCAUCAGCAGUCCCAGGGAUCUCUUAGCUCUGGUGUUCUACAGCACCGAGCAGAGCAAAAACCCCAGGAACUCAUUUAAGCAUGUUUACGUCUACCAUGAUCUCGACGAACCGGGUGCCAAAAGAGUCCAGGAAGUGGAUGCGCUGCGGGGGGAGAAAGGUGCCCAGCUGGCAGCACAGACCAUGGGUAGUGGGAAGACAUCAUUAGGAGAUGCCCUGUGGUGCUGUGCCAACCUCUACAGUGACAUCAAGCUUCGUCUCUCACAUAAACGACUGAUGAUUUUCACCUGCAGAGAUGACCCGCAUGAGGGAGACAGCGUGAAGCACCGACAGGCCCGCACCAAGGCCAGUGACCUCAAGGAGACCGGUGUUGUUAUUGAUUUAUUGCACCUGAUGAAACCAGGCGGCUUUGAUGUCUCUCUGUUCUUUCGUGACAUCGUGAGCCCUCCCGAGGAUGAGAGCGAGCUGGGGCUGAAGGUGGAGCCCUGUGAGAAACUGGAGGACCUCCACAGACGAGUACGAGCCAAAGAGCAAAAGAAGAGAACCAUGGCCAGGUUACGCUUGUGUCUCGGCGAGGGUCUGAAUGUGGCCGUGGGACUUUAUGCAACAGCUCUUCCAGCUCGGAAACCUGGUCCCGUCAGACUCUACAGGGAGAGUAAUGAGCCUGUUCGCAGUAAAACCCGAACCUUCCACACACAGACCGGUAGUUUGCUGCUGCCUAGUGAAAUAAAAAAAGCUCAGGUGUAUGGAAAGAAACAGAUAGUGAUGGAGAGGGACGAGGUGGACGCCAUGAAGAAGUUUGACGACCCAGGUCUGUUUCUGAUUGGAUUCAAACCCAUGGAGAAGCUCAAACUGCAUCAUCACAUCCGACCAGCUGUCUUCGUCUAUCCGGAGGAGGAUGGCGUGAAAGGUAGUGCCUGUCUGUUUUCUGCGUUGUUGAAGAAGUGCAACGAGAGGAGCGUAUUCGCUCUUUGCCGCUGCAUCUCUCGCAGAAACAACCCUCCUAAAUUUGUGGCCUUGGUGCCGCAGCUGGAGGAGGUUGAUGAGGGGAAUUUCCAGAUCACACCACCAGGUUUCAACGCUAUCUUCCUGCCGUACGCUGACGACAUCCGGACUCUGGAUCCUCCUCGUUGUCCAGCACCUUCGCAAACACAAGUGGACAAGAUGAAGGAGAUAGUCCACAAACUCCGCUUUAAAUACAUGAGUGGUACUUUUGAGAACCCGGUUCUCCAGCAGCAUUACAGAAACCUGGAGGCCUUGGCUCUGGAUAUGAUGGCUCCAGAAGACAUCGAGGAUCUCAUCAUGCCGAAGGUGGACCAGAUUGACCACCGAUUGGGUCCUUUGGUCCAGGAGUUCAUAGACCUGGUCUACCCUGCAGGUUACAACCCAGAGAAUAAACCUGCUCCCAAACGCAAAACAGCUGAAGCUGGAGGCGGAGCUGAGAAGAAACCUAAAGUGGAGGUGACGGAAGACGAGCUGAGGGCCCACCUGCAGAACGGCACUCUGGGAAAGCUGACCGUACCGGUGCUGAAGGAGGCCUGUAAACAGUUUGGGAUUCGGACGACCGGAACAAAAAAACAGGAGCUGAUCGAUGCUCUGACUGAAAAGCUAGGCUAACGAGGACCGAGUCCACAAACCAAGUUCUGCUAGAUUUAAAUGUUGGAAUUUAAAAACCGUUGAUGUUAAAACGCUGUCUGGAUGUUCUGGAAGACGUUUAGCCUUUUCUAAAUCCCAUAUUCGAACCAUGUUUCUAAAAAAAAUCCUUGUUGAUCACUUGAAAUAAAACUUUUUUUCUAUGA